AUGCUUGCUAUGUUUACAUGCAUAUCAAUGAUGAUUAGCAUUCUUACAGUUUAUUUUUCAUCAACAAAGCCAUUAGGUACAACAUGUACAUUUAUUUUGAAAUCAGAAGCUAGCAGUUUAAUCAUCAGUGAUUCUCAUCCGCAUUCUAUUGCUGUUGCUGAUUUUAACAAUGAUCAUCUUCCUGAUAUUGCUGUUCCUAAUUCUGGUACAAAUAGUUUAGGAAUAUUUCUUCGACAGAACAACACUACAUUCAGAGAUCAAAUCACGUAUUCAACUGGUUCCAAUUCACUUCCAUAUGCUGUCUGUGUUGGUGAUUUCAAUCAUGAUCAGCAAAUAGAUAUAGCUGUAGCUAAUUAUGGUACUAAUAAUAUUGGUAUUUUUCUCGCAAAAGGAAAUGGUGCAUUCAUGCCACAAAUCACUUUUUCUACUGGCUCAUCUCGACCAUUAUGGAUUGCUGUUGGUGAUAUGGACAAUGAUAAACAACUCGAUAUAGUCGUUGCAAAUUAUGGUACUAAUGAUAUAGGCAUUCUUUUUGGAGAUGGUCUUGGAAAUUUUGGAAAGCAAAAAACAUUUUCAACUGGUUAUGAUUCUAUUCCAUAUUCACUUGCUAUUUCUGAUCUUAACAAUGAUGAGAAACUUGAUAUUAUUGUUGCAAAUCAUGGCACUGACAAUGUUGGUAUAUUUUUAGGACAUGGAACUGGUAUAUUUGAAAGCCAGUUCAUAAUUAGUACUGGAUAUAAAUCUCAACCUUAUUCAGUUGCUGUUGAUGAUUUAAAUAAUGAUACUUAUAUGGAUAUUGUAGUUGCUUGUUCUGGUUUAAAUACAAUUGAUGUCCUCUUAGGCUUUGGAAAUGGAAGUUUCACAAUACCAUACAAAUAUUCAACUGAUAAUAAUUCAUUUCCAUUAUCGCUAGUAAUUGGUGAUUUUGAUAAUGAUAAUCAACUUGAUAUUGCUGUAGCAAACUAUCAGGGUGAAAGUGUGGGUAUAUUUUUUGGGUAUGGAAAUGGAUUUUUUAGAGAUCAAAUGAUAUUCUUCAGUGUUAGCUACAAUUUUAAUUUAUAUUCUAUUGCUGCUGGUGAUUUCAAUGGUGACAAUCGAUUAGAUAUUGCUGUCGUUAAUUAUGAUUACAACUAUGUUGAUAUCAUUCUUACAUAUCGAAAUUAUACUUUCUUAAGUCAAAAUACCUAUUCAACAGGCACUCAAAGUUAUCCGGGAUCAGUGGUUGUUGCUGACUUUAAUAAUGAUAAGCUACUAGAUAUUGCCGUCGCCAAUGCUGGAACAAACAAUAUUGGUAUAUUUCUUGGAUAUGGUAAUAAUACUUUCUCAACUGAAAUAACUUAUUCAACUAGUAAUUAUUCUAAACCGAAUUCAAUCACUAUUGGUGAUUUUAAUAACGAUAAACAAGUAGAUAUUAUCGUCACCAAUUCUGGAACAAAUAAUAUUGGUAUAUUUCUUAGUUAUGGAAAUGGUACUUUCUCAAAUCAAACAACCUAUUCGACUGGCAACGGCUCAACACCACAAGAUGCUGCUGUCGGUGAUUUUAAUAAUGAUGGACAAUUAGACGUUGUCGUUGCCAACUAUUGGGGUUUUAAUAUAGGUAUAUUUCUGGGAUAUGGGAAUGGUACUUUUUCCACCCAACAGAUCUAUCCAACUGGGAACCUAUCUAGACCUCGAUCUGUUGCUAUUGGUGAUUUCAAUAAUGACAGUCGAUUAGAUAUAGCUGUCGCCAAUUAUGGAGGUUACAAUGUGGGAGUAUUUCUUGGAUAUGGCAAUGGUGCUUUUGCAGAUCAAAUCCCUUAUUUGGCUCCAAUUGGUACUGGUCCGUAUGAUAUUACUAUCGGUGAUCUGAAUAAUGAUGAUCACCAAGAUAUAAUCAUUACUCUCUUAACCGGUCAAAGUAUUCUUAUUUUCUUUGGAUACGGUAAUGGAACAUUUGUCCAAGGAAAUAUAUAUUCUACUGGUAGUGGUUCUCAACCAUUAUCAAUUACUGUUGGUGACUUAAACAAUGACAAUCAACUAGACAUUAUCGUAGCUAAUUGUCUUACUGACAAUGUCGUUGUAUUUUUUGGAGAAGGUAGCGGAACGUUUCCUGUUCAAAGAACUUAUUUAACUGGUAACAAUUCUUGCCCAAGUUGGAUCGUUCUUGAUGACAUCAGUAAUGACAACAUUCUUGAUAUUGUCGUUGCUGAUAAUGGCACGAAUAUGAUAGGUAUUUUUCUUGGAUCUACUUAUAUGAAUGGUAUACUUGAAAAUACAUAUUCAACUGGAUCUUCUCCACAUCCACAUGGUUUAGCUCUUGGUGAUUUCAAUCAUGAUGGUCAUUUAGAUAUUGUCAUAGCAAAUUAUGUUUCAAGUAAUGUAGGAGUACUUUUAGGAAAUGUCAAUGGAACAUUUCCAUUGCAAACAGUAUUUUCUACUGGUGACUUAUCUUUUCCAACUUCAGUUGCCGUCGAUGAUCUAAAUAAUGAUAAUGAACUAGAUAUUAUUGUGGCUAUUUCUGCAACUGAAAAUGUCGGCAUUCUUUUUGGCUAUGGAAAUGGUAGUUUCACAAAUUUAAAUAUGUAUUCAACUGGAAUUGGUUCUAUUCCACAAGCAGUAACUACUGGUGAUUUCAACAAUGAUAAGAAACUUGAUAUUGUUGUUAUUGAUUCUGGCACUGAUAGGAUAGUAACACUUAUCAAAUACGAUACUGGAAGUUUUCGAAAGCAAAUAACAUACUCAACAGGCACAGGUUCAACUCCGCGAGCAGUAGCUGCUGCUGAUUUAAACAACGAUGGCUGGCUAGAUUUCAUGUCAGCCACUUCUGACAAUGUGGGUGUUUUUCUAGGACUGGGAAAUGGUACGUUUUCCAGUCAAAAGACAUAUUCGACUGGGAUCAAUUCGGUGACACUUGCGCUUACUAUUACUGAUCUCAACAAUGACAGUUAUUUGGAUAUCGUUGUCGCCAAUACAUUUACUGACAAUGUAGGAAUUUUUUUUGGAUAUGGUAAUGGUGCAUUUACAAAUCAGACGACUUUUUAUACUGGUACUAAUUCUGGUCCAGUCGCAGUCAUUAGUGCAGAUUUCAACAAUGAUAGUCGAUUAGAUAUUGCCGUCGCUCUUCAAUUCUCUGGUGAAAUGGGUGUUUUGUUAGGACACGGCAAUAAUACUUUUUCUGAUGUAGUUAUUUACUCAAUUGACAGUAAUGCUGGUCCAACAUCAAUCGCUACCGGUGAUUUUAACAACGACAAUCGAUUAGAUAUCGUCGUGUCCAAUUUUCUUCUUGGCAGUAUAAGUAUUUUUUAUGGGAAUGGUAACGGUACUUUUUCCAAUCUAACUAGCUAUACAACUGGCAGUGGUUCACAGCCAGGAUCUGUCAUCGUCAGUGACUUAAAUAGUGAUACUAUAUUAGACAUUGCAGUUGCCAAUGUGGGUAAAGACAAUAUCGGUGUGUUUUUUGGAAAUGUGAAUCAUAGUUUUUAUGAUCAAAUAACUUUUUCAACUGGUAUUGGUUCUGCUCCGAAUGCAUUAGUCGUCGAGGAUUUUAAUAAUGAUAACCAACUAGAUAUCGCCUUUGCCAAUUAUGGUACCAAUUAUUUAGGUGUUCUUCUUGGUUGUAUUAAUGGCACUUUUUUUGAUCUGUUAACCUAUUCAACUGGUGAUAAUUCUCAGCCAUAUUUUCUUGCUGUUGGUGAUUUCAACAAUGACAAACGUCUCGAUAUUGUCGUUGCCAAUUCUAAUACGGAUAAUAUAGGUAUGUUUUUUGGAUAUGUUAACGAAGAUUUUCUAAAUGCACCAGCUUAUUCGACUGGAUUUUCUUCUCAAGUCACUUCCAUAGCUGUUGGAGAUUUUAACAAUGACACUCGAUUAGAUGUUGUUAUCACCAAUAAUGCUACGAACAAUGUUAAAGUUAUAUUUGGAUCAGGCUAUGGUACUUUUCUCUAUGAUAUAACAUAUUCAACUGGUAAUGCUUCUCAACCAUGUUCUGUUAGUGUUGCUGAUUUAAAUAAUGAUAAUCGAUUAGAUUUUGUCGUUGCAAAUUCUGGUAUUAAUAGUAUCAGUAUUUUUCUUAGCAAUGGUAGUGAUACAUUUUCAAAUCAAAUAACUUAUUCUACUGGUAUUGGUUCUCAACCAUAUUCAGUUGUUAUUCUCGAUUUUAAUAAUGAUACUCGAUUAGAUAUUGCUGUUGCUAGUUAUGGAACUAGUCAUAUCGGUGUAUAUUUCGGUUAUGGCAAUGGAAGUUUUAUGAAUCAACAGAUAUUCUCUAGUGGAUUUAAUUCACAUCCAUUUGCACUUGCUGUUGGUGAUAUAGACAAUAAUCAUUUACCUGAUAUUAUUGCAACUAAUAAUGGAUAUGAAUUAGCUUCAUUACGUGAUCUAUCAUCUAAUGGUUUAGCUUUUAUAACACGACAUUGCAGCCAUUCAACGAUUCAUAAUUUUAACAAAUUUUGUUAA